AUGGAAAUAGAAUAUGUGUAUAGAACAAAGAUGUGCUCAUCAGUCGCAUCUUUUCUUAUCCUGCUGCUCGAUAUCGUAUUGUCGCUGGAUGCAAACGAAGUAGCACGUAACUUCCAAAGUAACAAUAGAAAUGUCUUACAACGUCUGGUGCUAGAAAUCCGAAAUGAAGAAACCGUGGCAAACAGAGCACUUGCACAAACAACCAAUCAGCUGAAUCUGUCUAGACAAGCCAAUGGAAAUUUUAAACAAGCGGCAGACCCACUCAGGGAUAACGUCAUAGCGCUAGAGAAAGAUGUGAGAGAGUUCAAUGAUAACAACGUAGAUGCAUCAAUACCUGUGUUACAGCAACAGAAGCGGGAUCUGCAGAGUACCCAAACUGUUCUGCGGACUCAAAUUAAUGUUUUACCUAAUACUGAUCUUCAAGCGGUCACAGAUGAGAAGGAUGGGUACCUGAAAAAAGAAAAAGAACUAGAUGAGGAGCUUAAGAAACAGCAGGAAAUUAGCAAGGCCAUUACAAUGUUUUCGGAGACCGAUGAAGAAUUCCUAACAAUACUAAAGAUGGAGCCAUUCUCUGCAUAUGCAAAAUAUACAAAUGAGUAUGACAAAAAUAGUAUACGAAUCCAAUCUGAGUUAGAAAAGCUCAUAAAAAGUCUAGAUGACCUUAAAAAAGACUAUGAGAAAAAAGCUAGCAAGAAAGACCAUCUCGUGAAAGAGAAAGAGUGUAUGAAAGAAAAGAUAACGAACUAUGAUGUAUUUUUGAAAGGAUUACAGGACCUUGGGGACGGCUUUUUGGAGAAUCUAAAAGAAAGAUUGGAUAAGAUCAAGGAAGAGCUUAAAGCUCUUGGAGCAAAUAUGGAGGGACUAUCACCUUUGGAACAUCCCAGGCUGGCACUGCUUGAAUUGCAGUCAAGGAUUGAAAAAAAGAAUGAAGAGAAAAAUAUAAUGCAGAGCAAUCUUUUGGAAAUUGAAAAGAAGAUGGAGGAAUAUGCCGAGCAAGUUCCAGAUAAGAGUAUUGAGCUUACAUCCACUGAUUCAAACAAAUUGGAAGAGGCCAUGUUUUUGGAAGAACAGAUGCUAGCACUAAACAGGGUCAAUAAAGAAUUUCUGUCUGAUUUGCUGGAACACAGCCGUUUGAACAAGAUCAUUGAAGAUUUGACAUCAAACAUGACAAAAAAGGAGGUGGCAUAUUUGUCUAUAUUUUCACUGGGAACUUUUGCUUAUAUAAUUUAUAAUAUUGUAUUAAUAUUUAUUUAA